AUGUCUCAGAAAAACGUCCAGCUCAAGGAUGGCACAAACCUCCAGGUUUGGACCUUUGGCAACGAAGACAAGACCAAGCCACUCCUGAUAGCGUUGCAUGGCGGCCCAGGACUGUCCACCCAUGAAACAGAAGUCCAGUAUCAGUUUCUCGCUGACAACUUCCGAGUUCUUGUAUACGACGCCCGAGGAAGCGGAAGGAGUGAUCUCAAGGGUCCAUUUACUGAUGGUCAAUGGGCGUCCGAUGUUGAUGAGCUGCGGGAAUGGGCUCAAGCAGAGACAUUCGUCCUUGCCGGGUAUUCUUACGGGGGAUUCGUCGCGCUCACCUAUGCUUUGAAGUAUCAGAACCGGCUAUCUGCCUUGAUUCUACGUGAUACCUGGGCUUUUGGUUAUCGUGGGGGUCUGGGGGCCUUGCGCUCAUGUCUGACGUCCCCCCGCAUCUCGCCGGAUCCUGCUCGACAAGUGCGGCUGUGGUCGGGAACUUGUAUCAAUCGAGAGGACGCAGAAAAAGGACUGGCUGAAAUCAUGCCCAUCUAUACCCCCGAAAAGGAGGGAGAAGAUUCAUCUACCCCGCCUGCGUUUGAUCUCGCGAAUGAUGGGCUAGGUCUUCACUGGGAGGUUCAUAACGCUGCUUGGUCGUUCAACCCCCCGAGGUUUGAUGUCAGGGACAAACUGGGAAGCAUCACUGUUCCUGUCCUUGUGGUUGUUGGGCGACACGAUCCCAUUUGCCCCGUGGAUGAGGCGCAAGUCAUCGCUAGGGGUGUUAAGAAUAGCGAGCUUGUUAUCUUCGAGAACUCGGGUCAUAAUCCGGCACAGGAUGAGUCUGAGGAAUUCCAGAAGGAAGUGUACAAGUUCUUGAGGAGUCAUAUAUCGCUUUAG